AUGCGAGAAGACAGCCGAGUUAACCAAGUUGCACAAUACAUGGACGAAUAUGGGCUAGACAUAUUGGGUAUAUCGGAAGCGAGAAAAAAGGAGUUUGGGGAGGACCGAGUGGGAGAUCUGACACUGCUGUACUCCGGGAAUGACCACAAGCACGAAGCAGGAGUAGCCUUCCUACUGAGCAAAAGAGCCAAACAAAGCCUCCUGGAUUGGAAACCUGUAUCCGAUCGCAUCAUAACUGCAAGGUUCGACUCAAGAAUAAGGAAAAUCAGCGUGAUCCAGUGCUAUGCACCAACUAAUCAGGCGGACUUGGAGAAGAAGGAAGCAUUCUACAACCAGCUUACAGCAACAUUACGUUCUGUCAAGAAACAAGACAUAGUGAUAUGUAUUGGUGACUACAACGCGCAACUCGGGAGCGAUAACCAAGGUAUAGAAUCUUGGCUAGGCAAACAUGCCAUUGGUCAAAGAACUGAAAAUGGAAACAUGCUGAUUGACUUCUGCUGUCAAAACGACUUCGUCAUUGGUGGGUCUAUAUUCCCACAUAAAAACUGCCACAAGGUCACCUGGGUCUCUCCGGACCGCAAAACAGAGAACCAAAUUGACCAUGUCAUGAUCAGACGAAAGUGGAGGCACUCACUACAAGACGUAAGGAACAAAAGAGGAGCAGAUGUCAACAGUGAUCAUCACCUAGUAGUCGCGAAAAUCCACCUCAAAAUAGCAAGGGUCCAAACAAGAGCAAAAGCCCCCUCGAAACGCUAUGUCAUCACAAAGCUACAGGAUGCCGAUAACAGGAGAUCAUUCAGUGUCGAAUUACACAACAGGUACCAUCAGCUCAAUGUGGAGGACUCCACGCUAGAAACUCACUGGGAACACGUCAAGGACACACUUCAGAAUUGCUGCCAGGAAUUGAUGGGCUACAGGGAACAGUCCAAAAAAGAGUGGAUGUCAAGGGAGACUUGGAACAAGAUAGCUGUAAGAAAGUCCAUCAAGGCUAGUCUAAAUGCCGAAACUGACUAUCAUGUGAAAGAGUCCCUGGCAUACGAAUAUUUCCUGUGUGAAAGCGAUAUCAAACGCAGUCUGAAGAAAGACAAGCGCUCCUGGGCCGAUGGCAUAUCACGAAGAGCACAAGCCGCUGCGUCAACAGGGAACAUGAAAGAACUGUAUAGAGCCGCGAAACAGUUAUGCAGUAGACCUAUAGUCACAAAACCCAUUAGAGGCAGAGACGGACAUCUCCUAGUCACAGUUAAGGACCAGCUAUCCAGAUGGUACGAGCACUUCUCCGGAGUCUUCAAAGCUCCAGACUCAUCUGUUGAAAGCGAGGCAGAGGAAUCUCAGGCACUACUCAACAUUGACACAAGGCCACCUACGAAGAUUGAAAUAGCAAGAGCGAUGUGA